GGGGAUGCUAAAAUUCUGAGGAAGGUUUUACAGGAGUCUGAUACAACGGACUGCAGUUGCAUGGAGUUGUACAGUAGAAACAGCCGGUAUCGUCAGGCACCGCGGGCUCCAGUUCGCCGAGAACACCAAAGUCAGCCACGCAUAAAUAACAACUGCGCAAGGUGUCGGAAAAGGAAACCAGGAAACCCUAAAAUCCCGCAGCACUGUCCCUCUUGUCUUUGUCCUCCCGACGUCGUCAGAUCAUCGUCCGGCGGAUUGAGGGGAGUCGAAGACAUGGACGAGGUCCUUGCGAGGUUCGAGGAACUUGCCCGUGACCCCCGGGAAUUCGGAGGUCCUGUGAUCCAGCAACCGAGCGGAAGACCGACGAUCAACUCUGUGCAGGGUGUGAAAAACUGCGUCCGACUUCAUCCGAAGAAGCCGAUGAGUAGCCUGGCGGUUCGUCAACAGCGGAAAAGCGAGCAGGACCAGAUGCUCAAUGUCCUUUAUCACGACCUGAUGAGCUCGGGUUUGGCGAACGAGGAAACGACCCGGGCAGCCUGUGCCAAGUAUCAAACUCCCAUCAAGAGUCUCCGACAAAGGCCAAAUCGUCGAGUGGAAAGGAGCAGAGUUGAUCAGAGUAACCACGAGGUUACGGACCUGGACAGCGACGCCGUGCUUCGGUAUUUCCGGGACUACAAUACCCCGAAGGGACGAUCAGUGGGAGUCUCGAUCCAGAAGGAGGACGAGGUCGGGUCGAAGGAGAUGGACCUUGAGGACGAGGAGCAGCGAAGGCAGUUGGAGAAGGACAAUAGAGAGCUUAACGAGCUCAGCAAAGAAGUCCGCCAAUUCGAGAUGGAGAAGGGUGGUGAUACACAGUGGGAGAAAAGACGUCCCGGUGAGGACGGAGACCAACUGAAACGUAGGGUUAGUUUUCUGCCGAGUAAACUUCCGGCCACAACGCAGAAUUGCGAGGUCAUCGGGAACCAGGACGCCAGGAGCAGGAGUCCUUCGGGCGAUCAUGGGGCUGAUGGUGGUAACGUACAGCGCAAGUCGACGUCCUUGAUUACUCAAGGCAACGACGAGGAAUCAGGGGAGAAUUUAAUGGGCCCUGAGGAUUACGGCAAGAUCCAAUCUCGAGAAUCCAGCUUGUCCCGGGAUCUCAAGGAUAUUUUAUACCCUGAUCCUACCUACGGUAGGUGUCUCGCAACUCCGACAACUCGGACCUCCAAGAACAACGAUGGGCAGGUCAUUGAGGCUAACGAAACUAGGACUGGUCUGUCUCAGAGCAACAAAACUACACCUGGGAAUACAAAGAAGUUGGUCUAUGCUGGGGGUGACCUUGACUUACAUGCCAGCAAAAGCUACAUCGUUGAUCUGAUCGACAGAGCUUUGAGCAGGGAACUCGGCACUGCUAUCGAAGAGAGAAAGGUGGAAAGCGUCGCACGUCCGAGUCAGUCGGAGAAAGAAAUUUGCGUUGAAAUAGCGCGGGCUCUUCAGGGUGACUGCUGCAGUAUAACUUACGCCCAAAAUUGCAACGCGCCCGAAUACGUAAGGCAUCUGAAAUUACUGCGGUGGGAUUAUCUUAACCACAUUCAGGACGAGCUGAGGAAACUGCAAAACGUCGAAAGGAUCUUGGAUUCUUAUUCGCCCAGACAAUCGCUUCCUCUUUCACAGUCGUCUCAAGCCUCUUCUUCGACCGAACAAAAGAAACACCAUCAAAACAUUAUAUGA